UGCACCUUUACAUGGCUUCAAUACUUUUAAAAUUCUAUUCCUAUCUAAACAAUAUACAUGUGUUUAUUUUAUGUUAAUUAGGUCUUUUGUAAGGCACAUUGGCAUAAUUAUAUACACUUGACAUGCCUUCUAAUUAUAGUGAAUCUGAGGAUGAUACCGCUGAGAAAGAAUUUGGAGCAGUUGGAGAUAAAAAGGAAAAGAAAGAAGAAGAAGGACUGGACAGGAACAUGUGGGCACCUGAGGAAGAUGAAGAAGAAAAUAAGGAGGAUCUUAAUAAAGAGUCUGGUGGUGGAACAUCUGAGGAUAAUGAAACCCACCUUGCUGCUAAGGACUUGGAUUCAAAGAAAAGAGACAAAUAGGAGAAAGAAGGAGAUAGGGAAGGAGAGAGAGAAGAGGAAGAAAGAGAGGAUAAUGAUGAGGAACUUAUCAAUGAUCAAGAUGAUUACUUCACGGCCGAGAAUGAUGCUCAGCAAGGAAAUGAACAAGAAGAGACAGAGGGAGAUGGAGGACAAGAGGAUUUUGGUGACAUUAAUCUUGACUCCAGUAGUGACAUGGAAGAAGGUAAUGAAGACGGUGAAGGAGAUGAAGAAAUGGAAACUUGUAAGAAAAGUGACUUCUCUGACUGUGAAGAAAAGGAUGACAAUAACAAUGGGGACACUGAAGAAAUGAGCAAAGAAGAUGAAGAGUGUUUAGAAAUGGAUGCUGAUGGCAUGACGUAUACUUCUAAUGACAAAAUUUAUGGAGUUCCUCAGUCUCAAAUCGUACCCACUGAAG